AUGGAGCUCUCAAGGCACAUUGAGACAUCUACUUUGGAGGAUGGGAUGUUCAUGAUGCUCCCUGAGGGAGUAUGGAGUCAUGUGCAUAAGGUGGAUGAACCGUCAGGGGAAGACUCGUUUUGUGUGGAGGCUGGGUGGCUGUUUUCUUCCAGCCAGGCAAUUGUCUCACGGGUUCACUUUGACCAAUCAGGAGAUGUGAAGAGUGUAUCGAUAUCGAUGGAGAGGAGAAUUAGCAACUAA